AAUUGAAUAUAUAGAGAUGCACUCACAGUGACAAACACAAACAUAGAAACGUGAAUAGAAUAGAAUAGAAUAGAGAGAAUAAUUUGAUCCAUAAGCAAUGGAAGGUGUUGAAGUUGAACAACCAUUGAAAGUUUACUUCAUUCCAUUUCUUGCAUCUGGACAUAUGAUCCCUCUUUUUGACAUAGCAACUAUGUUUGCAUCCCGUGGCCAGCAAGUAACAGUCAUCACCACUCCCGCCAACGCAAAAUCCCUUACCAAAUCUCUCUCAUCCGACGCUCCUUCAUUCCUUCGUCUUCACACCGUUGACUUCCCCUCCCAACAAGUCGGCCUCCCUGAAGGUAUUGAAUCUAUGUCUUCAACUACGGACCCCACCACCACUUGGAAGAUCCAUACUGGCGCGAUGCUCCUUAAAGAACCUAUUGGGGAUUUCAUUGAGAAUGAUCCACCGGAUUGUAUCAUCUCCGACUCCACGUACCCAUGGGUUAAUGACUUGGCCGAUAAGUUUCAGAUCCCAAACAUCACAUUCAAUGGAUUGUGCCUUUUUGCUGUCUCCCUCGUGGAAACCCUCAAAACAAACAAUUUACUUAAGUCUCAGACAGAUUCUGAUUCGGAUUCAAGUUCCUUUGUUGUUCCAAAUUUUCCUCACCAUAUCACCUUGUGUGGAAAACCGCCAAAGGUAAUCGGUAUAUUCAUGGGAAUGAUGCUUGAGACGGUGCUUAAAAGUAAAGCACUAAUCAUCAACAACUUCAGUGAACUUGAUGGAGAAGAGUGCAUACAACACUACGAGAAAGCCACGGGUCACAAGGUUUGGCAUCUUGGUCCAACUUCUCUUAUUCGCAAAACUGCUCAAGAGAAAUCAGAGAGGGGAAAUGAGGGUGCUGUGAAUGUGCACGAGAGCCUGAGUUGGCUCGAUUCAGAGAGAGUUAACUCAGUGUUGUACAUAUGUUUUGGAAGCAUCAACUAUUUUUCUGAUAAACAACUAUACGAGAUGGCAUGUGCGAUAGAAGCAUCCGGUCACCCAUUCAUAUGGGUUGUUCCUGAGAAGAAAGGGAAAGAAGAUGAGAGCGAAGAAGAGAAAGAAAAGUGGUUACCGAAGGGAUUUGAAGAGAGAAAUAUCGGGAAGAAGGGUUUGAUCAUUAGGGGUUGGGCCCCACAGGUUAAGAUAUUGAGCCACCCUGCAGUGGGGGGAUUUAUGACGCAUUGCGGGGGGAACUCAACCGUAGAGGCUGUUAGUGCGGGAGUUCCAAUGAUAACGUGGCCGGUUCAUGGAGAUCAAUUCUACAAUGAGAAACUGAUAACACAAUUCCGAGGAAUUGGAGUUGAAGUCGGUGCAACAGAAUGGUGUACGAGUGGUGUCGCGGAGAGAAAGAAGUUAGUGAGCAGAGAUAGCAUAGAGAAGGCUGUAAGGAGAUUGAUGGACGGUGGUGAUGAAGCUGAAAAUAUCAGGCUACGUGCUCGAGAGUUUGGAGAAAAAGCUAUACAAGCUAUUCAAGAAGGUGGCUCGUCUUAUAAUAAUUUGUUGGCUUUGAUUGACGAACUUAAAAGAUCGAGAGACCUUAAAAGAUUGAGAGACCUCAAGCUGGAUGAUUAAUUCAAAUGAGUAUUGUCUAAAUUUUUUCAACUUUUCCUAAUAACAUCGUGGUUUCGUCAAGCGGAAGUGUGAAUGUUUUGGAUUUUUUCUAUGAAUUCAAGUGACUUGUUUUCUCUUUUUUGGAUUUUGAUUCCACAAUACCUGCCACAAGUACUCUCAAAUCAAUGAAGUAACAUUUAGCUACUCUGGCAGAUUUAACAUGAAUUUUCGAAUAGUUUUCCUUAAUUGUUUUGAUUCAA